AUGUCAGAAUCAUUCGACAUCCGCAUAAACAUUGACGAUGCGGCCAUCAACCCGAAUGAAGGGUCGUUCUGGGUGACGAUGAGUGCAAUCACACUCUUCCUAGCAUGGAGCACAUUCGUAGUCCUUUUUUUCUCCAGAGUCAGCGGGCUCUUUUUCACAUUUAUUAUCGACAAGUAAGUCAUCGUAUCUCCUAACACCUCAAAAACAUUGCUCUUCAGAUAUAUGCGCUUUUCAAAAAAUGGAAUCUACUUCAAGAUCGGCGGAAUUUCAAUAUCUGGAUUGCAUGCCGGAAAGAUAAUGUUUCUAAACGUGAUCUAUGACGAUGGCGACAUGACCAUCAAAGUAAACGAUGGACAUCUUCUGUUCAAGUACUGGAAGCCUGUUGAACAUAGACAUCUGGACCUCAAAACGUACGUUCGUCUCAAAAGUAUGCCCAGAUCAAGUCAAUUUCAGAAAAAGAGCCUCUCGGCUGCAUCUCGUCCUGAACGGCCUUCAAGUGCACAUUUACAACAACCUGACGAAGUAUGCGGAAAUUUCUCGUAUUCGUCGUUUCGAUUGGUUUUUCGAGCUCACAAAUAUGAACGACGCGAAACGGCUACCGAACAAACCGCCAGACACGUAAGAGACACUACGAAAUUCCGCGAAACGUUGCGCCUAGUUUCAGUUCGCCACCGUCUUCUGUUUAUGAAAACAUGUGGAACUUAGUGGGAACUGUUGAAAUCGAAGUUUCGGCCGGUAGUGUUCUCGUAGGCAACAAGCAUCUUCCCUACGCUCUUUGGGCCCGAUUCGAGAAUCUUAGCAGUAUGAUUCAAGUUAUAGUUGUCUUGAAAGAAGUCUUACUUUUAAGGCAAAACUCACGUGACCGAAUCAGCCAACGACUGGGCGCAGCUCACUUUCGAAGGAGACACGGAAAACGUGGCGGUGUCACUCAUUAAAAACGAAGAGUUCCAGUUCACAGCAAAGCACAGAGAACCGCCGCGAACGACCGGGAACGACGGAUGUCCUCUUCUCCAGUCGGCUUCUCUAAAGUUUACGUACAAGCAGGAUUUACUAGGUAACGAUUUCAGACCCUUCCCUGCAGACGAUCUCUAUUUUGUAGGAUAUGUGACGGAAGACGAGCCACAGAGCAUAACUUCGAAAGUGCCUGUUUGGGAAUCCGAGUGGCGAUUCGGAAGCAACACCGUUUUGUCGUACGGUCCAUGGGCGGAACAGCAACGCUUCUUGAUUUAUGACUUCUUUUUCCCGGCUGAUUAUCAAAAUGCGAAUGCGACAUCGAUGCCGUUGAGAGGACAGAAAAGAAUACACGUAAAGCAUAAUGCGAAGAUUAUUCUGACAAAAGAGACGUGCAUGGACAUCUGGUUCAUGCGGGGAGAUCAGCUGGAAAGCAUCCGAACUAGAUGUGGACCGGAAAGUAAUAUCGAUGUAAGACAUUUUGUGAUAUUCUGAAUUAUAUUGUCUCUUUUUUAGAUGUCGAUUUUAUGGAUAACCACGGAAAAAGGGUUUUAUUGGAACAUGAGAUCCGAGUUUAUAAAGUAUAUUAUUCUUAGGACUACAUACUAAUUGGUUCGUUUUUCAGUUUUGAAGCGACGACUUCAUUAGUGUUCACAAAGCUCAUCGAAUGUCAUAGGUUUUGUGUAGAUGGAAGCUUCGUCUAUCCGCUGACCUGGAACGGAGAACAGACGUGGAAGUUAGAUUACACAUUCACCCAGGCGUCCGCUUGGUUCGUUUGGGACCACAAACGGUUGAUCACUGAUCUCAUCAACGAGUGGAUCGGCGACGCACCGAACGAUAUAUUGAAGUUCGUUCCGUUCCGAGUGUAUAACCACAUGAAAGUGGUCGACGGUUUUGAGGUUGGACUUUUCCUUCUAAAAGUAAGUAUGACACGACUGCAAGUUCAGGUGACGAUGCUUUUGAAUGAGUCCAAUUGGGUGGAUACCGCAGACAUGAAUGCGGAGAAUGUGGAGAUUUCGAUCGUCGGAGAGAAACUCUCGUUCGAUUGCGAGCUCCCAUUUGUCGAUUUCCUUCCGCAGACACAAAUGAUGAAGUACGAGUUGAAAGGAGAAAAGGGCGUUGCGAUGAGAGCUAAGUAAGUAAAACAUAUUGGUCCCCUCAAACAAUGUCCCCUGUUCAGAUUCCCUCCCGAUUCUGCGACCGCCCCAAUGCGAGCGGCUCUCUCCCGGCUUGCUCGAUGCAAUCCGUACGCCCCACCGUCUAAGUACGGCACGCACACACGCGAUAGAGACGCGUGGUUCGAGUUGUGGAGGACAGAGCUCGUCAAAAUGGAUUUUGAUCAUCAGUAUCGGCCCCUCGUCACCAAAGCGAACAUUCCAUCGGACAUCCCAUUCGCAGUGCUUUCUGAUUAUCUUCCCCCGCCAGCCAACCAUCCGUGGGAGCUCGAGCCGGACUUCCUCGGUGUCGAUAUCCUCAUUGAAGGGAGCGAUGUCAAGUUUACUGGACUUCUCAUAAAACUGCUGUUCGAGUUGAAGAACAAUUAUUUUGGAUGGUACGAUUCUGUAAGUAAACUUGAAGUAGACUUCUUCCGAAUUGUUAAAUCCAGAUGACGCCACUCGACGAUGAAAUAAACAAAAUCGACGAUACCAUAAAACUGAAGGCGGCUUUCGAUAAGAACAAUUCUAACGGAGCGAAGCCAGUCGAAUGGUUCCGGACGAUGGAUGUCGAUGUGACAGUCCGUGUGUGCAACAUCCGAGCAGAAAUGCUCAUUUACUCUCCGGCAGUCGAUGAUGGAUACGAACCUGAAAAGGUUCCAGUUGUGUUCGUCGAGGAGGUGGCAGUGGAAGUAAAAAAGACGAAGACACAGGCGUUGAUCCAAGUGGGAGUGAGCCCCGCGUGCGCAUAUCUGGACAAGUCGAGCACCGGCUCUGGUCCCGGUUGCAUCACGCUCUCCGGAUUCCAGUUCCGAGGACAUGCGAUGUACUCUGCGAAGGAGGUCGCGUGGAACAUGGGAUUAGUCGAAUACGGAUGGAUCAUGGAGAUUCUCGUGGGAGACAUCGCCGGAACGCUUGAUUUCCCAGCACACGUUAGUGCUCUUCGCGCAAUCGUUCAUUUAUAAUCUCACGUUCAGGCUCUUGUUCUCCAUCAAAUCGUCGAAUCUCUUCUGAUUUUCAUUCUUUCUCCAGAUGAUGCUACGAAAGUGCCGGAUAGAAUGCAAUUCUGUCAGCACGGACAACUCACACAAGCAUGUUCAGUUGCUGGGAAGAAGAAAAACGAGUCCUUGGCGCCAUGCCGGACAGAGGAAGUCAUGAAAUACAGACAGAUCAGGGUGUCUGUCGACUCUGUCGAUCUCGCUUUUGUAGAAGAAAAAACGGUUCUGCAGGUUUGAACGCAUAGUUAUUCAAUCACUUUGAAAAUAUAAAAAUUCAGAUAAAAGCGGAUCCAGUGCGAGUGACAGUGUGCAAUGCUCACGAGGGACGGUUCACGGAGCACGUGUGUGUUCGCGUGCCUGGAAUAUCCAUUAGACAGGCGGUUCGGAUUAGAGAGAAGCCAGAAAGUGUGUGGAUAGAAGGAGCGGCCGCCGCUAUUGAGGGCGUUUCCUUGGACAUCGAGCUGCCGUACGCGAGUGGUGAAUCCCCGAACAUUGGAAAAGAACGGCUGGAAUUUGUAAAAUUGCACGACGCAAGCACGAAGAGGCUCCAUUUUCUUUGGGCGGAUCACUCCGUUUGGGGAUGCGCAUGCUUUGGAAACACGUGUUUCUUCGGAGAUGUGGAUGAAAUGUGAGUAAAAUUUGAGGAACGUUCUAGCGUGAACAUGAGUUUUCAGAGGAUCAACGUUCAUGGAAACGAUGGAAAAACGGAAAUUCUUCGUGCCGGCCAUCGAAACGAGAUCGAAUCUCCAGCCGAAAGUGAUGCAAAGUGUCAUCCGGAGAAACAGACCCAUUCUGAGCAACGAGACGCACAUGUUCUACAAGAAACCGAAAAGAGCGGACGUGGCAAUCACGAUCAGAAAAGAAUCGUCGACAGAUACCGAGUCAUUCCACUCUGCUCAAUCGCAACAAGCGCCGGGAGUCCGACUUCUUCAGUCUGCCGAAAUAAUUGCAAGUUACGCGGAGUUCGUCGACAAUGUGCGCGUGGAGAUGCCGUCUGAAAUACGCAUACCGCAAUUCGGAGAACCGGGUGCCAUUCUCGAAUGGUGUCAAGAGCAUCCGGCCACGAAAAUAACAGAAGACCCGAAAACGCGUGGAGUGAACGAAGUCAGAUUCCUGACAAAGAAGAAGUCGGGCAUUGCCUUCAGUGUUGUCGACAAAAAAGAACCCGUCGAGCAAGACGUGGAGUACAAUGCUGCACGAGAUCGAAAAAGACGAUUGGCGAUCAGUGGAGUAGCAGCCACUUCCAUGGACCUAUUCGUAACUCCAAUUGGCAUCGAAGCGGCCGAGAGACUCGUCACAGCGGCCAGACAUUCUAUUUCGGCGAUCAACCCGUGUCUUCUCGUUCACAUGUGCUACCGUGAAUGCGUUCUGAAAAAGCACAGACAACCAUUGACGGAAAGUCUUUUUGCUGAUGAAGAUAUCGAUUCGGAGCAGCCUCCCGAAAUAGAUAUCACUAUCGACUUGCCACGUGUGACUGUUGGACUGUUCCAGUGUGGCGUGAAGAGAAAUGUGCUCAAGUCGAACCGACACGACCAUAUCACUGCCAACAUGGCUCUUUUCCUCAUUGAUCGAGCAUUCAUUCAGUCCAAGCUGAUACACUCUGCGGAACUCGUCGACUCGCAACUGCUCGCAGCUGACAAUUCGAACCUCUCGAGUACUUUGUACCAAUUGAACGGAAGCGCCAUCACAAUUCAGCUGCUCCAGUUGACGAACCGGGACGCGCCGGACUUCGGAAGCAGUGGAACAACGACAACUGCCAACAACUGGGAUCAAUGCUCCAUUUCAAGGCGAAUGAGCACUCUCGAACCGAGAGUAAUGCUCGAUUUCAAUAUCUCCGACACAUCCAUCAUCCUCGAGAGACGACCGAUCAUUAUGUUCCUUUCGACUAAGUCGAAUACAACACUUACACCGAUUAACUCACCUGCCACUCCUCUUAACAAGACUCCAACGCUUGGAGUGAAUUCGACUAACAGCAAAGAAGCGGCUCCGAUUAGAAAGAAACAAAAAGUGCUCUGCGAGCAUUAUCUGAAAGCUAACAUCGGUUCCGUGACUACUUCUCUCGUGAUGGCCCGUCCUCAAGAACUGACGGCCGGAGAUGAGUUCCCGAUCUACGAAGCGCUCGCUCCUGUCAUGGUAUCCUGGCUCAGUGUGGCGGAUAACUUCGUGCGCACAAUCGAGAAAAUAUUGCACACUGUCGAGUGCUGGAAGAGUGUUGCCAUGGCGAAAGUGUUGAAGUUGGCACUGGACUGCACCGAGGAGAAGGUUGCUGUGAAGGUCGGAAAGAAUCGGAUGGCUUGCACGAGGGUCCUCUGCGCCCACCAGGCGUCGUGCCCUUCGUGUAUUCUCCUGAAGACACUCUUUCGGUGGUUUGCUCACGCCGUAAAUGCUCCGAAAGCGGUCGAUCGGCGGAUAGAUAUCCGUCCAGAAUUCGAAGUAGAAGAAACUAGGAAAACCGCGUUGAUGGCACUUCUGAGUCAUUGGCAAUCGGAUGUCGGAAAGGAACUGAAGUUAGUGUCGUAUGAAGAUGCAGACAAAUUCAAGGUGACUCGACCGGAUGAAGCAGCAGUCGUGGCACUGACGAAGAGCAAGAGAGGAAGACGCAAAUUACCGGAAACGAAGGAAAUUGUGAGAAAAGAAACGAGAGUUGUGAUCGAUGCAAAGAGCGAUCUGUAAGUGAAACAGGAGAGUAAAGAUGAAGAGAGUUGAUGUUUUCAGACCAAAAGAAAAGAGAGGACGGAUGUCGCCAGCGCCGCUUCUGAGGAAACUGAGGAUGAAGGGCGGAGAAGAUGGUUAUGCAGAAGAAGACCCGAAAAUGCAAAUGGGAGAAGUGGUAGGAUCUCACAUUCGAAUCGACAAAACAAACUGAAUUUUCAGGAAAUGGAGAGAAGAGAACUGGAAUCCGGCAUGCGGUCGUACGAUGGAUUCGAAGAUAAAAUAGAAGAUGAGGAGUUCGAGGCCGUAUCGAAGAAAGAUGAGAAGGUUGACUUGUAUACGUGGAUGAGGAAUGCACAAAGGGAAUCCACGCUGAGACGGAGGAAACUGGCCGGUGGCGACACUGUCGUUACGGAAGAUCACACUCCGAAAGGAUACAUAAAUCCAAUGGACAUUCAACAGAAAGCUUACUACUACAGCAUCUACAGAUGGGCACAACUGCAAUGGACAACUCUGGACAGCGUUGAAAAAGAUCACUGGCAUCUGGAUUAUUCUGUUCUUCUGAGAGAGGUCGAUGUUCGAAUGAUGGCCAAAAGCAUCAAGAGUUCGACGGAUCACUUGAGACAGUAUAUCACUCCGGCCCAGCAGAAAGUUAUGCAAUUAAGGAAUGCGGCAGUGAACGGAGAAAUGGUGUGGAAGAUGGAGAGAGACGAAAAACGGAAAGUGCCCCUCCACGGUCAAUGGAAUAUCAACUACAGUGGAAAUGUGGAGGGCAUUCGCUUCCUGAUCGGAAUGGCGACUGUCUCACUCGGAAAAGAACUCUCACUAGUUCUGCGCGUCGCGAUGGAAGCCAAGAAUGAACUGAGAAUGCAUUUGGCGGCCGAAUCUGUAAGAGCACAUGUUAGCCUUUAAAAUGAAUCGCGGAAAUUUCAGACACCAAGAAAUGAAGGAAAAGUUUUCCCAACGAACACUCAGUACGACACGACUGCGGAAUGGGAUGAGAAGGUGUUGGACAUGACCAGAGACUACGAAAAGCACAUGCAAAGAAUGCAGUCGAACAAAGAAGUGAACGUCGAAAAGGUCAAAGUCAUGGUGAACGGAAGCGCCGUCGUAUCAUCUGUCGUUCUGGAGUCCGUCCUGAAUGACCUCUAUGUCUCCGUCAUAAUUUCUCAAAUUGACGUUUCUCAUUCGAAGAACCCGCUUCCCGAUCUGCCGUCCGCGCAUCAGACAACGGUUACAGUAGUCACGACUGCAGACGAGAAGAAAACUGCGACGUUAACGAAGAAAUCGACGUCUGCGACUGGACAGAAGAUUGACGAUUUAUCUUUGUCAUUAACGUGAGUGCAUUAAAAAUGAGCGUUGAGUAGGAGUUAUCAGUUUCAGAAAAAUGAAGUUGACCCUAUCGGAAGCCGAUAGCACGAACAAAAAGUCGGACAUUCUGAGAUGUACUCUCGAUUCCAGCAGUUUCAACAUCAACAGGUUAAAUAUUGUUCUUCUGAAUACAACAACGGUAUACUUCUUACAGAAGUUUGAAGCCACCGAAGGACAUGAAUCCAUCCCGCUCCAACACAACUCUCGUCUUCCACGGUCCGAACGUCAUUUCAACGACUGCCAUUCUUCGCCUUGGAGCCCUUGACGGAAACAUGCCGAUGGCCGCCUAUUCACUGCACGACGUCGUCAUGCGACACGGAAAAGAGCUGGAACAGCAGCUGAACCGAUUGGCUGCUCAGCCCGCUUCCACGCCGUUGAGCAACUCGACCCCGUUCCCCGUAGAUGAUCAGCCCCUUCUCGUCAAGGCUUCCGAUCGGAGACAUUCGUCAAUCGUCUCCUCGUCACUCGAAUCUCCGCUCCCUGCCAGACAGAGCACUGUACUCAAGCAGUUGCCAUCCAAUGCGAGCAGUACGGUAUCCGGAAUGAUCUAUCCGACGGGCGGAAAGGGACAGAUUGCAAGAAGAGUUCCUGUGGCGGUUGUGGAGUUUCUAGUCGAACUGACAAGUAUUGAAAUGAACAUCCAAUUGCUUCCGAGUCUCCAGGCCAAAUAUCGAAUCAAUCGGGCAACAAGCAAAGGAAUCACGGGCGUCAAGGCCAAGUGGUCCAUUCUUCUCGACGAGCACUUCUUCGAGUUUUGCGUUACCGGACAGGGCGGCAAAACUGAAACAUUCCGGCUGCAGCUGCCAUCAGUGAAGUGCAACGGACUCUUCCAAACAGAACAAGGGACGGCUCCGCACAAACCGAGUACAGACAAAAAGCUGGUUUAUCGAGAAGGAGGAAGUCUUCAGAUGACCGUCGUCCUCGGCACUGUCAACCACACAUUCACGACUGAACUGCUCAAUCAACUCAUGUUUGCCGAACAUUCGUUCAGAACUGAGCUCACAGCUCUCAUCAACAGAAUCCGUUCUUCUUCAUUCGCAUCGGCCACAACCUCGACAAGAUCUCCGAUGCAAAGUCAAACAUUGAACAACAGAACAAACUCAGCUGCGAAUCUGAAAUUGUUGCUGCCCGUCCAACAUGCUGCCAAUGUGAUGCUCUCCGAGAAGCCACCGCUGUUGUUCUCGAUCAAAGUUUUAACCAGAGAGCCACCGAAUAGUGAAAAGAAUGAGAAAGAGAAGACGGACAAAGAGAAGGACGGAAAAGAGACGAGAAACAGCAAGACACUGCUCAGAGCUCUGACACCAGCCGCAAGCAGUGAUCUUACAGGAGCGACACCCUCUGCAGUCCCUCAAACACCAGAAAAAGCAGUUCCAUGGCUCCAACUGACGGCCGCUACGCCCACGCAGACAGCAGUCCGACUUACUAUCGACAGUUUGGAAGGAGAAUUGACGAAUAAGUGGGUUGUCAAGGAAGAAGGAUCGAAGGAACGAAUUUACGGAAAUGCCGUCGUGCACUUCAAUGCGAAACUCGGACAAAUUAUCAAGCCAGUGCAAAACGACGACACUCUGACAGAUCUGCAGGAGUAUGCCACGUUCAUGACGCAAGUUCGAGUGGAAAACAAAGAGAGGAACGUAGUCAACAGCUCCUAUUCCUACCACAUUUCUUUGAAUCGUCCAAUCUUCCUCGUCAAAGCUGCUGCUAUCGACAAGGCGAUUCUACUGUGGCUCAACUACAAAAAUACGUACGACUACUGGAGGAACGAAAGAGAGAAAGUGGUGCAGGAGAAGACGACGAAGAAGCAAGCGAGUCUGCCAGCAGCCGGAAUGUUCUCACCGACCCACAUUGCCGAAGAUGCCGAUAUGAACUUGUCACUGGCCAUCAACAACGGAAUGUACAUGUGCAUGCCGCUUUAUAGUCACGACGUCACCGAAGGAAUGCCCGCUCUCGUGAUCUCCCUUCAGAAGUCCGAACUAUCGGUGCUUGUCAAGAAAGAAUUGACCUGCAAGGCGUCGUUCAACGGGUUCAAGUGCACAUUCAUCGAUCACUUUGACGAGCAAGCACUCACUCAAAGCUUCCUCGACGCGGCUCACAGCGAUCAGUCAAAUUGUAUUUUCUUCCCAGAAGGAACGUAUCAGCUGUGCUCAACAGCGGAAUCAUCCGGAGGAGGACCGGCUAAAUGGGUUUUAAGCGUUUCCGCUGAGAUGCAGGGUGUCGAGAUCGAUUUGGACACUCGAAUCGGAAAACUCGCAAAGCUUAUGGUGAACACUUUCUCGAUGAUCGGAAAAGAUGACGAUGAUGACAUUUCGAUAUGGGAAGACCAACGAGGAUUGGAUUCGGACGAAGAAAAAGUGGAAGGAGCUGCAGAACUGAAGAAUUUGAAAGCAGAAGAGAAGGUGCCGUGGAUGGAGAACAAAAUGCACGAGCACUCGAGAGCCGUCUUUGAAAUGGCUGCUCGCGGAGUUUCGACGAAAAAGAUCGAAGCCGAAAAGCAUAAGCUGCGACAGUACGAGUUGAUUCGCUUCAAGGCUUUCCGACGUAAUAUGGUAGAGAAGUUUAAAAGAGGAGCGAACGCUGGCAGACAACACAUGGAAACUCCGCCUCCUCAGAGUAAGACGGGACCAAGUUCAAGGCGAAACUCCAGUGCUCGAGCUUCCAACGGACCGUACUCAGAAGAUGUGACUCAAGAUCCGGGAGUUCACGACACAGAAACAGUCAACUUCAAUUUGGAUGUGAAAGUGAACAUCACGUCGGGAACAUGCACGGUUCGAACAGGAAAGAAGGAAGGAGCCAUGCAGUUGCCUUUGCGUGAGUUUGAAAGAAUUAACCGUUUCCCCUAAUAGGUAUCAUUUCAGCUGGAAUCAGAGACACUCUCAAACGACUGAAUCUCGGUACGAAAGACAUCAAAUCUAUAUUCGACCCGCAAGUCAUCACGACGACCACGUUCAGCAUUCCGAGUGUUGAAAUCAAAGCUUACCAUGUUUCGGAUCCAUCUGCACGAACGGCAGAUGAGAUGUACAAUAUCAAUAAGGACCGACGGGAGAAGAUUUCAAAGGGAUUGGCGAGGGAUGCUGACCAAUUGUACAACGACUUGCAUUCAAAGUCCCGCUUCGCCAACACGACAUUCAGCGGAAAGCUGAACCAAACGGCCCCGCCAAAGCGAGGAUGCUUCUACGUUUUCGUCGGUUUGGCUUCGAUGCCAACAGAAACCGUGGUGACGCCUCAUUUGGCCACGUACCUGGAACAAGUUCUCGAGCCACUGCCUCCUUCUGCUGUGUUCCAUUCACAGAAUCUCACGCAGGAAGCUUCCAUCGUUGAUGACGGCAAAAACGACGGUAGCUGUUUUUCUGUUUAUUAUCCUAUCAAUGCGUAUUUCUUUUAUAGCGAAUCACGAAGUGCACAACAUUGUUGCGAUGGACACUGCCGCCUUCCCAAUAGACUUUGUCCUUUACCUCGAUGUCCAGAGCUCCACUAUACGAUUUGAUGGAAAGCAGCCGACGUCGAGGAGUCAGGCGCAAGCGGACUGCCUGCUCACACUGCCACGUCUUACUCUUGAGCUCACUUCGAAACGCACAAGAGAUAACAUUGACAACUACAUGGGCGGUAUGCACAUUUCCGGGCAGUUCAAGGGAUUCAUGCUCAAAAUUUAUAAUCCCCUUGAGCCGGAACUUGAUUCUUCGAGAGCUCUGCAACUCUCGCUCGACCUACUUUCGUUUGUCAUUUCGAGAAACAAGAAUUCGUUUACCGAGCCGGACAACAAAGUUCGCGUAAGUUUCUCACAGAAUACCGUAAUUUCAUAAUUUUUCGUGUUCAGUUCGUGUUCACUUCCCAAAUCAGCAAGGCUUCCUUCGAAUACAACUUCCGACGCCUUGGAGAACUAAUUCAGUUCCCGAAACCCUGGUACAGAGAGGCAAUCGCGAGACGCGUCUUCUUCGGAGAUCAAGCAGCUCCACGGACCCGUGACGAUGUCAGCGACUUGACCGGAACGACGAGGAGCCGAUUCCCAACGGAUCCGAAGCAUUUACAUCCUCCGGCCAGUACCGCGAGCACAGCCUCCAGUGGACUUGUCCCUCAUCAAAAGAAACCGUGGACGGCUCUAGUUCUCGCUGCAAUUCAGUGGAACGACUUCGAAGUGACCGCAUUCAUGUCCAACACAAUGGGAAAAACUACGUGGAAAGCGACGAAAGGGCUGCUAUGGGGAGACGCGAAAUUGAAUUCGCUGAGCGAAAGGGACGUCAGCGUCACGUUUGUGCUAGGAUCAAGUGAACUGUGCGCUCGUGAAGGAGCCAUCAGUGGAAUUAUCAAGUUGAACAAUCUGAAAGUAUCCGGAGAACAUUCGCUGUCAGCAGAUGUAAAGAGGCCGCCAGUUAACAAAGCCAAAAUAAAACUCGAAUGGAUUACGGCCAACAUCGAAUGGAUGAGUCGCCGGGUUCUGAUCGCAAAAUGGAGUAUGCCGAGUUUCCGAGUGAAUGACUAUUACAAAGGAUUAAAAGAAGGCGAUUACGUAAGAUCCAGAUGAAAAAAACUUAAGAAUCGCGCAGAUUUGCAGAUUACACUUUCCGAGUUGGGAAUGAAUGUGCAAGCAUCAUGGAGAGACCUGCAGGUGGUGAUCACCAAGUCAACGGUUGAUGACGUGGCAGCCAUUGUUCAUCGAUUGAUAUCGUUCAUCGACGUAAGUAAAAGAAGCACAUCCAAACAUCCACCAAAUCUUCAUUCUCAGGAGCAGUUGAAAAACUCGCGAAUACUGCUCGGAAACUUCAAUGCGACGACGACAUACAAGAAAAAUCCGAAUGUGCCGACCGAAACGAGGAAGCCUACUACUCACUUCUGGGAAAAAGUUCUCGAUUACAUGGGCGAGAUGCAGAUGAACGAACAAUUGAUGGGAUUGAUGGAGAAAGAAGGAGCGAAAGUCGGAGGGCAUAUGGAGUUGAAAGCAGGAGGCAUUUCGCUAGUUCUGAUGAAAGGAGACAUGAACGCGGACACGUGGGCGGUCUUCCAUCUCAGAGACGCAUGCAUCGCAUUCGACCCGGAGGCACGCAUGGACUUUUUGGAUCACGAUACAAAACAGAAAAUCGGCACGCUUCUCAAGCAAACCUUCCGUCUGCAGCUCGGAUCGCGAAAGAAUAACCAAACGGAGAAUCGAGCGAAUGUCUGCCGAGUUCAGACGCGUUUCAACAAUUCAAGACAAAUCCAAAAAACCGAAGAUAUUCUCGAAUUCUUUAUUGGUGACGUCAUGAAAAUCAUCGGGUCCAGUCCGAGUGAGCAAAAGAAGAAGCCGAAUGAGCAGGAAGCAGUGCCGACGCCAGUCUCUGUGAAUGAGAGCACUGCCAAGUCACCGGCUAGUACCAGUUCGUUCGGCCGGUUCAGGUCUCCUGGAUCUUCGAGAGUUAGUUUCUCAAUCUGAUUCGAAGCAAUCAAGCUUAUUUACAGACUCCGGAAUCACCGCCCGUCACAAACCACAAUGUUAUGGAACUCUUCCAGUUCCCAGGUCUUGACGCGAGAAUGACUUCGGAGCAAUUAAACGGAGUGGAUGACGGCGACAAGUACGAAUCGGCGUUCCAGAUGCCGAUGGAAGUGUUCACCACUUUCGUCUGCGAUUUCUUCAGUGAGGUCGCCAUCGAAACAAACUUCAACGCGCAAGUGUCAUUCCUCCCGGAACUGCUCAAAAGUUAUCUGAAGGAAACCUCGAAUACGCACUCCUCCUCCUCGAACUCUUCGCCUGCAGUCUCGUCAAGUAGAGAAUCAGUGUCAUCAGAAGAUACGAAGGAUCCAAGAAUAUUCACGUGCAAGGAAUGGAAAGUGGAACCGAAAGUACGAUUUAUAGACCGAAUCAAGUGGACGCCCCCAGUUGUAGAUGAAAUUCUGAAGAAACUUCAGGUUGGUAAAUGGAUCGAAAAAUAUGAAAAGGAGAGAUUUCAGAUCUUCGAUCACCGGAACACGAUACCGAAAGUAAUUCAGCGAGCAGUGCUCGAUCCAUUAGAUGCCACGUUGGCCGCUUCCGUCAUUGCUGCACUGCAAAUUGUAGAUAACAAAAAGACGAUAGAAAGGUUCAAGAAGGUACCGUCUGAAUCUUGAUUCUCAGUUCUGUUACGGAUUUGGGUUUGUGCGGAAACAAUGGUUUAUUCCGGGGAGUACUUAACCGUAGAGUAGACAGAAUAGUAGUAGAAUAGGUGAGAGAGGUAAAUCAGAGUCAGCGUAAGACUCUGAGACCUGAGUGAGUAACUGAGUAGACUGGGUGAGUAACUCUGAGUGAGACUGAGGAGUUAACCGAGUGAGGGUUCGUUCUCUGAAGGAGGGCGACGCAACAAGUUCCAAUUCACUUUUUCAGAGUCGCGCAGAUGCCAUCAUCCAAACCCCAAAGCAACGAGACCAUCGCUCUUCAAGUGAAGAGGUUUCCGUUCAAAUCGAUAUCCCUGGCUUCACCCAAACGUCAUACGAAUCUCCCAACACCAAAUAA